AUGAGCACCGAGAUGCUCCACCUUGACAUGGCCAUGGAUCUGGACUCUGGCCGUCAGAUCGACCCCGACGUCCAGGCCACUCUCAGCGACUUCCUCACCUACAGCGAGCACCUGCCGUCGACCAUCGCGCGCAGCCUGUUCCUCAUCCACAGCCUGAAUCGCAAAGCCAACCACCUGACCCUCGACAUCCACAAUCUCCUUUCCACCUACAGCAACCUUCCCAAGACCACAGCGGACGCGACCGACGCCCCUGAUCCUGUCCAGUUGCGCAAAGACAUCAGUCUCGCCUACGACUCCCUGGAGAAAUGCAAGCGCAUGUCGGCUGCUGAAGCCAUCCGCCUCGAGGAAACCGUCGUCAAGGAUGCGACAAAGCUGCAGCUUGUUCAGAAGAAACUGAAGGCUAUGCCUCUCCCACCCGAACGCGAUGCCACUCCUGAUCCUGGUCUUGGUUCACCUCAACUGAGAAGGAAUGCCCAAGCACAACAGCAAGCCGACAAGCGCACUGCUCAGCACCGCACCGGCACCGCUCCGCGCGUCAGAGCUCAGAAAAUAAUGGUUCCUGGUGAGGUUCUGCCUCCUCCAAACCCAGACUCUCCUCCGCCAUCCGACUUCUCGCCCUCUCCUUCUCCCCCACCUCGCUCUCCCAACCAUGACAGAGCCCACAACCAAAUGAAGGCUGGAAGGCUUCAGAAAACUCCAAAGGUACCCAAGCCUUCUACAGAGCCCAAGGAAGCGUCACAGAAACCUCCUCGCGUGCGCCUGCCAGGUUCUUCUGGCACAAACGCACACUCGGCCGUCGCUGGCAUCAGUACUUCAAACGCACUGAUGGCUCUGACCGCUCCGCCACCAGAUGCUCUUCCUGGCAGUAAGUGGCUGCCGUGGAAGAGACUGACCGAGUACGAGAUGGCCACACUGCGCAAGAGAAUGAAGAAGAAUGCUAUCUGGAUCCCCUCGCCUGCCAUGAGAAACCGUGAGCUGAAGAAUCUCGGCAGAGGCGUGACGGCCAUGGAGGAGGCCAAAGCUGCUGCCGAGGCUUCAGGCCAGGGAUUUGUCGACGAAUUCGACCCUCACACAUGGACAGAUCCCACAUGCAUUCACAUUACCGACGCUCAACAGGCCGAGACUGCUAAAAUGCUUGGACCGGAAAUGCCUGACGACAACCAGGAUGCCGCACUUAUCAAUCGCGGCAUGCGCCUCAACGAGGCCAAGAAGCUCAAGCGUGAAAAGCUCAAGGCUGAAGAGGCCGUGAGGUUGCAAGAGGAGGCUGCUGGCUUACAGCCUACGACGGAGCAGAACAAGGAGAAAAAGACACCUCAAAAGGCACAGCCAAAGUUGAAAUCACAGACAGAAGCACAGGCCGUUCAAUCACAACCUCAGCCCUCUAAACUAGCUGAGUCACUUCCAACUCGGCCAGAUCCACCCGCCGAACAACAAGAAGCUGUCCAGGCACCUAUCAUCGAGGAGUCCGCGCCUGUACUUGAACCAACGGCUAAGUCUGGACUCAAGCAGAAGAAGCAGACCAAGCCAAAGACUGCGUCUGCGCCAGAGACCAUCCAGACUGAGGAGUUGCCUGUUGUCACAGUUCCAGCGCAGCCCGAACCUGCCGCCGAGUCGCUCACUCCGCCGGAAACGACACAAAGUGUCCAGCCCGAGGCAACUACUGAAACUGUUACGACCAGGAAGCGCAAACGCGAUGCUGCUACUCCUGCAGUGGAACAGCCUUCAGCCGAUCCUAUCGUGGAAUCACCUGACGUCCUAUCACUUCCUCGUAACGGCCCACAACCGAAGAAACUCAAGCUGAAUGUCACUGCUCCACCGCCAGCGGAAACACCUACGAUCACUGUUUCUACUCGUGCGAUCGCCGCUGUAAAAGAUGUCCCUUCUCCUAGCAACGCCAACACCCCUGCAGUUUCUAGCCCCCGCAUCUCUGUGAGACAGAAGUCACAGCGUAGCCAGCGCAAUUCUGCGCAGCCGGAGACUCAAAACGGAUCGAGUGAAGCAGCUGCUCAAACUCCCGCUGCCAACACAAGGGCAACAAGACCGACCACCAUUACUCUCAAGCAUUCCGCUACCAAGGCCGCCUCGGCAGAGCCAGCCAACACACGUCAAAGUUUACGUCGUAGUUCGAUUGCUUCGCUGCCUGGCUCUGCGAACAACAAGCUUCGCUCUCCUGCGCCUGGCAAUGUUGAUACUACUGCAGACACCAACACUGGAAGGCGACCUCUUCGCAAAAAGCUACCUAUGGGAAUUCUUCAAGCCGAGGAGUACGGUAUGAAGGUCAUAGUAGGCAAACCUAGAGCUGCGUCAAAGAAGAAGAAGAAGACCGAGGUCAAGGGCGAAGCUGCUACACCUGUCAUCGAGGAUGAGAUGAUCGAUCCCGACGAACCACGCUAUUGUAUCUGUGGAGAUGUCAGUCACGGCACCAUGAUUGCUUGUGAUAAUGAGGCUUGCGAGAUCGAGUGGUUCCAUCUCGAAUGUGUUGGUCUGACAGAGCUCCCUGGAAGACGAGCCAAGUGGUAUUGCCCGGUCUGUCGCGAGAAGCUGAAGAAAGGACUGGACAAGAAUGGCAUCGUCGGUUAA